GUCUCCUGGCAACAGCGGAAACACCUGUCGGGUUUCAGGUAGCGCUGCGGGGUUGUUUUCUUUUCUUUUGUUUUUUUCCACGUGAAUGUUGUUCAGAACCGCGCGCGUGUGCGUGUGUGUGGACGCGCCGCGGAGCUUCCGUCUUGUUUCCAGGCUUCAUGAUGAACGGACGCCGGAGAUCCGCUCCUCCUCUGCCGGUGCUCAUCUGCUUCCUCGCGCUGUGGAACACACGGUCUAAAGCAGAUUCCAAUUCAACUCAGAACUCCAAAGACAUCGCAACCUUUACCAAGAUCCUCGACAGUCUUCUGGAUGGAUAUGACAACAGGCUGAGACCUGGACUGGGAGACCGAGUCACCGAGGUGGAGACUGACAUAUAUGUGACGAGCUUUGGGCCAGUGUCCGACACAGAUAUGGAAUACACCGUGGACGUCUUCUUCCGUCAGAGUUGGAAGGACGAGAGGUUGAAGUUUCAUGGACCGAUGAAAACUCUGCCUCUAAACAACCUGAUGGCCAGUAAGAUCUGGACCCCCGACACCUUCUUCCACAACGGCAAGAAAUCUGUGGCUCACAACAUGACCAUGCCCAACAAGCUGCUCAGGAUCAUGGAGGAUGGAAAACUGCUCUACACCAUGAGGUUAACGGUUCAGGCUGAGUGUCCCAUGCACCUGGAGGACUUCCCCAUGGACUCACACUCAUGUCCACUCAAGUUUGGCAGCUACGCCUACACUAAGACAGAGGUCACCUACAUCUGGAGUAGAAACGCCUCCCAUUCGGUGGAUGUGGCAGCUGAUGGAUCCAGACUAAACCAGUAUGACUUAGUGGGUCAGACUGUAGGAGAGGAGACCAUUAAAUCCAGUACAGGUGAAUACACUGUCAUGACGGCUCACUUCCAUCUGAAGAGGAAGAUCGGCUACUUCGUCAUCCAGACCUACCUGCCCUGCAUCAUGACGGUCAUCCUCUCCCAGGUCUCAUUUUGGCUCAACCGGGAGUCGGUGCCGGCCAGAACUGUGUUUGGUGUUACUACAGUCCUCACCAUGACAACGCUGAGUAUCAGUGCUCGUAAUUCCCUGCCCAAGGUGGCGUAUGCGACUGCUAUGGAUUGGUUCAUUGCUGUCUGCUACGCCUUCGUCUUCUCUGCUCUGAUCGAGUUCGCCACCGUCAACUACUUCACCAAGCGAGGCUGGGCCUGGGAUGGAAAGAGUGUCGUCAACGACAAGAAAAAGGAAGCUGCCGUCAUGAAGAAAAACAACGCCUACGCUGUUGCCGUGGCAAACUAUGCUCCCAACAUCACCAAAGACUCCACACUGCCCACCAUCUCUAAGUGUGCCCUGAAUGAGCCCAUUAAAAGCCCGGCGGAGACGAAGCCCGAGCAGAACAAGAAGACCUUCAACAGUGUGAGCAAGAUCGACCGGAUCUCCCGCAUCAUGUUCCCGGUUCUGUUUGGGAGCUUCAACCUCGUGUACUGGGCCACAUACCUGAACAGAGAGCUGGUCAUUAACGACAUGGACCACUCCAACUGAGCCGCAGGUGUUGGUUUACAGAGGUCUUCAUGGUGGAGAGUUGGACCCAGGCCGAACCACGGAAGCUUCAGCUGGCUGAGAUGAAAGAACAUUACAGAUGUCCCUGUGUGGUAAUAUUAGAAUUUAACCCUGCACAUACCACCCCCUCUCCACUGUAACACUGAAGUUCCACCAUGUUGUUCAUCACCUUCAAAAACAGGAACAACCACUGUGCACCUGGGAAUAAAACGGCCUGAUGGGAUGCUGCUUGAUUUAGAUUGUGACUUGAUGUAUUAAGGUUGAAAGUUUUUCUGUCUUUAGGUUAAAUUUCCAACAGGAACAAUAAAUAUGAGCCUGAAACGUCUUUAAUGCAACUUUGUUUUCCUAGUAAUCAGAUGUAGCGUAGCAGUUGACUUUAGUCUGUUAGCGUAGCCCUCAUUAGUUUGCUAACAGGAGCUACUGAGAAAUGCUAGCUAGCUAAGUUUCAGUUGGUUGAAUUGUUGUGAAACUGUAAAACCCAAGAAUGCAACCUUUCAAAUUUACUAUUCUCCAAAUGUUUCCACACAAAUAUUGGCUUUAAAGUUGUUAUUUGUCCACCAGCAUAUCUUUGGUUAGCCUGUUUAGCUAAUGCUGUGUAUGUUUUCUGCUUCAUGAGUGAGCAAGUCUCCACCUGGAGGAAAGUUAAUCAGUUAAACAGAUGCGUGUUUUUCAUGUUGUUCCACGAGUACGGAGGCUCCACGUAGGACUUGCAUCCGUGUUCAUGUUUUAAUGUGCUGACGUGUCCGUGUUGAUGAACUUUACUGAAAUGUAGCACAAAGGACGUUUACAGUUUUAUAGUCUUAUUCUGUGUUGUCCUCGUGUAUAAAUACUCUGAUUUCUUUUAUUUCCUGGUUUAUUCUGUAUGUUUCUUUUUUUUGUCAUUCAAAGGCAACGUUGUAAAGCUCAACAUUUGGUAGCGACAGCCCACCAUCUCUUCUUGUUACAUACAGUUUUUGUAAGUUUAUCCUUGGCUUUUUCCCAUUCCAUAGAUAAUCCUUAACCAUUUGGUUGUAUUGAGAGAAACAUUCUCCAGUUAUUGAUAUCGGAAGCAUCAUAGACAAGUAAUUAAACUGUGGCGCAAUUACCAUUUUAAUAGUGGUAAUCUUUCCCCAUAAUGUUAAAUUAAGUGUUUUCAAUUUCUCCAGGCUGUGCUUUAUCUUAAUGAGGAGGGGAGUCAUAUUAAUGUGCAUUAUAUCCAAUAUAUUGGCCCACAAUUUACCACCUAAAUACUUCAUACCAGAAUGACCAGCACUGGCCAUAGCCGGAUGACAUACUUUAGAUACA